AUGACGGUGUCAUCAAUAAUGGCGGAAAUCGAAGAUAUCAACAGCAUGGCGACGAAUCGAAGCGCCAGAGCCGUCCGUUCAAGACGCCAGAAAACUCUCCGACACGGCAGCGUCCGUCGUCGACAGGUCUACUCGAUCGGAGGCGACAGCUACAUGACCAGCGCGCAGGUCCAGUCUUACCUCGAAGAUCAACAGCGGAAGCAACAGCAGGCCAGUUGCAGUCCAGGUCCUCCCGGCGUCGCUGGAAAUCCUGGUCGACCGGGAAAGCCAGGAAAACCUGGAGCUGCCGGUCUGCCCGGUAAUCCAGGAAGUCCAGCAAAAGCUCCUUGCGAGCCAAUCACACCACCUCCAUGCCAACCAUGUCCCGUCGGACCUCCUGGACCUCCUGGGCCGGACGGAGAAGCUGGACCGGCUGGUCCGCCAGGAAGCGAUGGAGCUCCGUCACCACCGUCCCCUCCUGGUGCUCCUGGAGAAGUUGGACCGGCAGGUCCUGCAGGAAACGACGGUCAACCAGGAGAAGAUGGACAACCUGGUAGGUCAUCUAGUUUUUGAGGAAAAAACCAACCAAAUCGAAACCUUCCGAAGAAAAAACUGAAAGCCGUGAUGAGAAUGAUGGAGAAAGAUUUGAAAGUUUCUCUAAUUAGCUCAUCUCAAACGAAUUUCCCGAUAUGUGAAUUUCAAGCUCUAUCUCUCUGAAAGAUUUGAAAAGUUUCGCACUCUGUUUUUUCUAUUUUUCAUAGUUGAGUUGGAAAGAAUAAAUAAAGUCUUUCUACUACGUUCCAUUUAAGAGCUACAAAAAUAUGCUCACAUGAAAAUCUAAAAAUACUGAAAGUAAUGUUCAAGGCCAUUCUUUCUAGGACCUGAUGGAGAAACGACACCAGUCGUUCCUGGAGAACCAGGCCCAGCAGGACCGCCAGGAGCCCCAGGACCUCCAGGCGCCGACGGCGAAGCCGGGAAAGGAAUUCCAGGAGAAGCGGGACCAAAAGGUCCUCCUGGCCCAGCCGGAGAGCCCGGAACCGACGGGAAUCCCGGUGUUGCAGGACCGGCUGGCAAAGCGGGAGCGGAAGGCGAGAAAGGCACUUGUCCCAAGUUAGUCAAAAAAAUAAACCAUUUUCUAUGUUUUUUUAAAUAAAUAAAAAUUAUCUCAAACUUCAGGUACUGCGCAAUCGACGGCGGAAUUUUCUUCGAGGAUGGAACUCGGCGAUGA